CUCAAUCAUCGUGGACAGGAGGCGGAGGCGGAGGCCGGAGGUUCAUGCCGCAGAAAUGUCAUCUAUUCAACCUGCAUGUGUCCAGAAAUAGCUGGUGGGGCAUGGCAGAUGAAGGGUCGCCCCGGAAGACGCGGAAAAUGGCGAACGGGGAAAGUGUCGGAGAUGAACAGGAGAAUGAAGAGAGCCACUCGCUGGUGGGCAUCAGCCUAACCAGUGAGAUGGGCUGCCAUGGCAACAAGGAGCAUGACUCUGCCCUGGGCUUCAUCCUGAUGAACGUGGAUCGCAUGACUGUUGUGGAGAUGAGAGAAGCCAUGCAGAAACAGGUGGAGUCGUUACCCGCCUCUUUUCGAUUCCUCACAAAACAAGGGUGGCCUGUCACAUCAGCCCAGGAAUCCAUGAUUAAAGUCAAGCAUCUCAUUAACGACGACACCGUGGUGAGAAUACAACCCGACUACGCAAGGCCACGGGUCGGAGUCUCUACUGAGAAGGGUAGAUCCCUUGGUUUCAUUUUUGUUUCAUCUCUUAGUCUACCAAUUAGUCAACUCCGAGAAGCAAUAUUAGCACAGCUCGGCGGAAGUCAUCAGCUUCCAGCAGGCAAAUGGGUAUUUGUGGACCGCAACUUCUGGCCGAUCUGUUCCCAGCAAGAGGAUGCCAUGACCAUCAUCGACGUCUUAUCGGGUUCCUGCGUCAGGCUUCAUUUCCUGGAUGAGAGCAGCGAUGACCCUGACCUCGGCGACAUCGAGAAAGAUGACAGUCUGAGCCUGACGGUCGACACCCCCAGAAAAAAAUACUGUUCACCAACCCCUCGUAGCUUGGAGAAUCCCGGCCUUGCCUUGACGCAUGGGAGCAUCCCUAGACCCAUCAGCCCCAUCCCUCACGGUGACUCCUUCCUCCAAUCCAAGUCUGUACGGCUCCCUGCCAAACAGAUCCUGAUCAGCUACGUGCGGGCAGAGGCAUCCCAGUAUGCCCUGGACCUAAAGACGGCUCUCGAGAACUUAAAAUUUAGCGUGUAUCUGGAUGUGCACGAGAUAUUUUGUGGGAGCGAUUGGCAAGACAGUCUGAACUACGCUGUCAGUAACUGUGAGGUGUUUGUGCCUCUGGUUACUCCCAGAUACGGAGAGACACAGUGGACAAACAGAGAGUUGAAGCUGGCGGACAUUUUGAAUAAGUACAUCAUACCUGUGUCCUUUGUGGAGACGUGGCCGCCCUGCUGCCUGGCAAUCCAGUUUGCCACCACACAGUUCAUCCACUGGAGACAGGGCAAACAGGACAGAGAGAAAAUUUUCCGUCUUAUGGCAGACAAAUCAACGCAGCAGGAGUUGGUGACGUACACGUGGAACAGCAGUGACGUCAUCACAGUCAGCAAGGACAUUGGAACGCGGUGUUUGGCUCACGCAAAGAAGAAGGCCCAACAGGAGUCAGAAAAGAAGUCUCCCAUACUGCGGAGCUACCCAUCAGCCUUACCGCCAGGCCUGCCUAAUGACAUGACCGUGGUAACCGAGAGUCGUGAGGGCGCCCCCAUGGUAGUCGUAUGCGUCCACCCAAAGCAGAAGGACUUUGGAGAUGAAUUGAAAGAACUGUUUGAAGGGGAAGGCUACGAGGUCUGGUGUACGACAGAACUCAACAAUGAAUGCAUGAAUCUCUGCUCCCACUCUCGGCAGUUGGAAGAUGAUUCCACAUUGAUUCUGGACGGGGAUGACUUUGAUUUCGACACGACGGAAGACAACACUGCCAAUGCUGUCAGCAUCCUGCAGCAGAAGGCAGCGGAGGCAGGCGUCAUUGUCUUUGUAUUGUCCAAGGACUUUGCCAGCUCCGAUACCGGCAAACAACAGGUCUUUUACUGUGAGCAACGUAAGCGAGUGGUGCCGUUGAAGUAUGAGGAGUUUGAGAUGCCAGGAUGGAUGAGCAUGCUCAUUGGCACCAGCACAUUGGAGGAUGUCAGACGAGUGGAUUACAAGCAGUCACUCAUGGCCAGAGUGAAGUGCGCCCUCAACCCCAACCAGUCCGACUGCUCAAUGAACGCAGCUAAGGAGUCGCAAAUAGAAGCAUGUGUUGGCAGCAUUUGCCAGAAACUGCCAGGCAGCAACUGUGUCUACAUCUCAGGUGGAACCAGCUUCUACUACGAUAAGAGUGAGGCCAUAUGCAAAGAGAUCGGCAAAGCAUUGGCCAAGUUACAGAAAGUCACCCUAGUCACAGGUGGUUUCUUCGGAGUCGGGGAGACGGUGUCCAGGAGCUUCUAUGACGAGAGACAGAGACUGAAGAGAGUAGAGGAUGUCUACCAUAUCCUGCCCAACAGAGAUGAACAGGAUCGGAGUCCUCAGGCUAGGCAAAAUAGAGACAAGACAUUUCAGCCGAUGCCCUUUGGAGAGACGGUCUUUGUGGGUGACAGUGUCCGGCAGAGGGAGACAAUUGUGUCUCGAAUAUUUGACAUCUGUAUCCUCAUCGAAGGAGGUCCUGGUGCUGCCCAUGAAGCUGAGGAGUUCACUUGGAGUGAUCACACGGUCAUCCCCAUUAAAUGUACAGGAGGGGCUGCAGGGGGCAAAUUUAAUGUUCCACAGAAGAUAUUUGAGUGCCCUCCUGGUGUUGUGCGCAACGACUGGAACCAGCUGGCAGACAAGAAUGAAUCGCCUGCCACAAUUGGCGCGGCAGUGUCCCGCAUCAUCACUGCCUUACAGCAAGACGUGGCCGCCCAGAUGACACGACUCAAGACAUUCGUUAGGCGGGGCAGCGAAGUGAAGACGUAGACCACGUACGUGAACAGGUCAC